AUGGAAGUGACUGAUGAAAAUUUAGCCACAUUAGCAAAUUACUUACAGCAAACUCUUAACCCAGACCCCAAUAUUAGAAGACCGGCUGAGAAGUUUCUGGAAGGUGUAGAAGUGAAUCAAAAUUAUGCUAUUCUACUUUUACAUCUCAUUGACAAAAAUUCAGCUGAUCCAACAAUAAGAGUUGCUGCAUCCGUCACCUUCAAAAAUUAUAUUAAAAGAAACUGGCCUGUGGAAGAGGAUGGAGUCGAUCGCAUACAUGCAGCAGAUAGAGCAACAAUAAAAACUCUCAUAGUGAAUCUUAUGUUGAAAUCACCAGAAAGUGUACAAAGACAAUUCAGUGAUGCUGUUUCUAUAAUUGGAAAAUCUGAUUUUCCAGAGAAGUGGCCCGGUUUGAUCUCAGAAAUGGUUGAAAAGUUUUCUACAGGUGAUUUCCAUGUAAUAAAUGGUGUGUUAAGGACAGCUCAUUCCUUGUUCAAGAGGUACCGUUAUGAAUUCAAAUCACAGAAACUCUGGGAAGAAAUUAAGCAUGUGCUAGAAAACUUUGCUAAGCCAUUGACUGAUCUUUUUGUGGCAACCAUAGACCUAACAAACAAACAUGCAGGAAAUCCUCAAGCCCUAAAAGUCAUAUAUGGAUCAUUAGUUCUCAUUUGCAAAGUGUUUUAUUCACUCAAUUAUCAAGAUCUACCGGAGUUCUUUGAGGAUAACAUGCCAAUAUGGAUGCCAAAUUUUCUUAGUUUGUUACAAGCUAAAGUGCCAUGUAUGGAAACGAAUGAUGAUGAUGAGAAACCCGGUGUAAUGGAACAGCUGAGGACUGAAAUAUGUGAGUGCGCAGCGCUGUAUGCACUCAAGUAUGAAGAGGAGUUUGGUCCACACGCAGCUUCCUUUGUAACAGCUGUAUGGAAUGUUCUCCUUAGUACUGGACCUAAGCCGAAAUAUGAUGCGUUAGUGUCAAACGCUUUAACGUUCCUAGCAAAAGUGGCAGAGAAGAACACAUACAAAAAUCUGUUCGAAGACCCGGCCACACUUAGCAGUAUAUGUGAAAAAGUUGUCAUACCUAACAUGGAGUUUAGAGAAUCAGACAUGGAACUUUUUGAAGACAAUCCAGAAGAAUAUGUCAGAAGAGAUAUAGAAGGGUCAGAUGUGGACACUAGGAGAAGGGCUUCGUGCGACAUCGUGAGGACCCUCGCUUUGCAUUUCGAAGACAAGAUGAUGAGUAUCUUUGGACAGUAUGUGGAGAUGAUGCUGAACAAGUACGCAGAGAGUGGUGGUUCAGCGUGGGUUGGGAAGGACACGGCGUUGUUCCUAGUGACGUCGUUGGCGUCGCGCGGCGCCACGCAGGCGGCCGGCGUCACCAAGGCGUCCCCGCUCGUUGACCUUGCCUCCUUUGCGGCCAACCACGUGCUGCCCGAGCUGCAGAGACCUAAUGUGAAUGAGCUUCCAGUGUUAAAAGCAGACGCCAUCAAGUAUAUAAUGACAUUCCGAUCUCUAUUGCCCAAUGACUUAAUAACAACAGUGCUGCCACUUUUGAUCGAGCACAUCCGCGGGCGCGGCGUGGUGCGCACUUACAGCGCGUGCUGCGUGGAGAAGCUGAUCGCGGGCGGCAUGGUGGCGCGCGCCGCGCUGCAGCCGCACGCGCCCGCGCUGCUGGCCGCGCUGCUGGCCGCGCUGCCGGCCGCGCACGACCACGACGCAGACCACAACGAGUACGUCAUGAAGGCGAUACUGCGCACGCUGGCGUGCCUGCGCGAGGCGGCGCUGCCGUACGUGGGCGAGGCGCUGCCCAAGCUGGCCGCCAUGCUGGCGCAGGUCGCCAAGAACCCUUGCAAGCCACACUUCAAUCACUAUCUGUUCGAGACUCUCUCAUUGGCUGUGCAGUUAGUAGUAAAGUCCAACCCAAGCGCAAUCACGGCGUUUGAAGACGCGCUGUUCCCGAUCUUCCAGGAUAUUUUACAAAAUGACAUACAAGAGUUCAUGCCGUACGUGUUCCAAAUGCUGUCGCUCCUGCUGGAGCUGCGCGGGUCGUCGGGCGCGGGCGGGGGCGCGGGCGCGGGGGCGGAGGCCUACGCCGCGCUGCUGCCGUGCCUGGUGGCGCCGCCGCUGUGGGAGCGCGCCGCCAACGUGCGCCCGCUCGUGCGCCUGCUGUGCGCCUACGUGCUGCACUGCUCCGACCUCGUGCUCGCCUCCGGGAAGCUGAAUGCAAUGCUAGGAGUGUUCCAGAAGUUAAUAGCAUCAAAAACCAACGACCACGAAGGCUUCUACCUCAUACAAACGAUGCUUCUCAAAUUUGGCGAAUCAGUAAUGCAGCAGUACACGAAGCAAAUCAUAACACUGCUGUUCCAGCGGUUGUCCUCGUCCAAGACGACCAAGUACGUGCGCGGUCUGAUCGCCUUCCUAGGUUUCUACACGGCGCACUUCGGCGCAGACCCCCUCAUAGAUCUCGUCGACUCUGUUCAGGCUAACAUGUUCAGUAUGUACGUGUCGCGCGUGCUGGUGCCGGACGUGCAGCGCGUGAGCGGCGCGCUGGAGCGCAAGGCGGCGGCCGUGGGCUGCGUGCGCCUGCUGUGCCACAGCGAGCGCUUCCGCGACGGCCCGCUCGCGGCGCUCUGGCCCGCCGUGCUGCAGGCGUUGAUAGGUCUGUUCGAGCUGCCGCCGGACGAGAGCACGCUGCCGGAGGACCACUUCGUGGAGGUAGACGACGCGCCCGGCUACCAGCCGCAGUACGCGCAGCUGGCGUGCGCGCGCGCCGCCGCCGGGGACCCACUCGCCAGUAUAGAAGACCCGAAGCGCUACCUGGCGGAGAGCCUCGGGUCGAUGUCCCGUGCCGCGCCGGGCCUGCUGCCGCCGCGCCUCGCCGCGCUCGACGCGCCGCACCGCGCCGCGCUCGCGCAGUACCUCGCCGCCUACAGCGUGCAGCUCUGC